CAGUUGGCAUUGGCAUGCCAUGCAUGUUGUUCGUUUGUUUUGUCUACAAGUUCGCCGCUCAGGAUUAUUGUUUUAAAUGCAGUAAAUUUGGGUAACUACUUUUUUUGUAAUCUUAUAUAUAAUAUUUAUAAUAAUUCAAUAUGGCUGGACGUGGUCGAGGAAGAGGCGCGGGCUUAUCAUUCACACAAGAACAGCUGCAGGCGUUAGGAAUUGGUCGAGGCGAUAACCCUUCACCUAUUUUAGCGCCUCCACCCUUAUUUCCAAAACUUGAAGCUAAACCUCUGCCUCUAUCAUACGACGCAGCAACAGACUACAUGUUGAUUGUUAAGGACCAGUUCAUUGAGUACUUGCAUGAGUCGCCGGCUUACGUGAAGCCAAAGGCGGAAACAGACGGUGUUGAACGUUAUUCAGAUAAGUAUAAACUUUUAGCUUUAAAUGCUAAGCAGGGGAAAGUAUUAGAUUGUGUGUGGAGUCAUUUACCGGCAGAGCUAAGGCCGCAAACUGGUCGUGUCCGGGUGACGCGCAAACGAAAGUUAGAUGAUACAAAAGAUAUUGCCAAAAGGUUACAAACACUUGAAAGUAAAGAAUUAAUGGAAGAAUCCAGUGAAGUUAAUAAAAGAGCUGGAAAUGAAGAUGAAAUAAAGAAAGAAAAUGAGGAUGAAAAUGAAGAAAUAGAAGAUGAGGAAGAACAAGAAUUUGAGUUAGAUGAUGGCACAGACUAUGCAAAUAACUACUUUGACAAUGGAGAGGAUUAUGAUGAAGAGGAUGAUAAUUUAGAUGAUGGCCCUGUAUAUUAAAACUUUGCUGUCUAUUAUAUAAUAUAGGAUGUUAUUAAGUUUAUUGUUCCUGUUUUUGUUAAUAAAAUAUAUUGAGCAAGUUA